UUUACAGGAGGCAGAAAGUAGGUCAUAGAUUGCUGCUGUUUAUCGUCGUCCUCGUUUCACUAUUUAAAUGUGCUUACUGAACUUCUAUCAUAUAAUCUAAUGGCAGACCAAAGAAUGGAUAUUUCUUCAACAAUGAAUGACUUUAUGUCACCUGGUCCUACUGAGCUAAUCACAAGCACUUUGAAUGCCCAGGGCAUGGACUAUACCCGCAAGCGAAAGGGAAGCUCAACGGAUUACCAACUCGAUGGCUUUUCCUUUGAAUCCCAGGGACAGAUUUCCCCAUGGCGUGACUGCGAGUCAGUUUGGUCUCAAAGGCACGCUUGCAAGUUAAGUUGUCUCUCACUUUUGAGUUCAGACAUAUUAAUGGAUGCUGAAUGGAAAGGAAUCACAGUACAGAGAAAUAAAAGGGAUGGGAAAGAUAUAGAAAAGGAUAAGCAGCAUGGACGGGAGUGCACAGAUCAACAAGGCAGAAUCAAGAAUGCCAGAGAAGCUCACAGCCAAAUUGAGAAGAGACGUAGAGAUAAAAUGAACAGUUUCAUUGAUGAACUUGCCUCCUUGGUGCCUACGUGUAAUGCUAUGUCUAGAAAACUGGAUAAACUUACUGUGCUCCGGAUGGCUGUUCAACAUAUGAAAACUUUAAGAGGCGCUGCAAACCCCUACACCGAAGCAAACUACAAACCAGCCUUCCUGUCAGAUGAUGAGCUGAAGCAUCUCAUACUAAGGGCAGCAGACGGUUUUCUUUUUGUUGUGGGCUGCGACCGAGGGAAAAUCCUGUUUGUUUCAGAAUCCGUCUAUAAGAUCCUCAACUACAGUCAGAAUGAUCUCAUUGGUCAAAGUCUGUUUGACUAUUUGCACCCGAAAGAUAUUGCCAAAGUGAAGGAACAACUGUCCUCCUCAGACACAGCUCCACGGGAAAGACUUAUUGAUGCCAAAACUGGUCUGCCAGUGAAGACUGAUAUCACUCCUGGACCUUCCAGACUGUGCUCAGGAGCGCGGCGUUCCUUCUUCUGCAGAAUGAAAUGCAAUAGACCUUCUGUAAAAAUGGAAGAAAAAGACUUUUCAUCAACGUGUUCAAAAAAAAAAGCAGACCGCAAGAGCUUCUGCACAAUUCAUAGCACAGGAUAUUUAAAAAGCUGGCCACCUACCAAAAUGGGAUUAGAUGAAGAUAAUGAACCAGACAAUGAAGGCUGUAACCUUAGCUGUCUUGUAGCAAUUGGACGUUUGCACCCUCAUAUAGUACCGCAACCGAUGAAUGGUGACAUCCGUGUAAAGCCUACAGAAUUUGUCUCACGCCACGCAAUAGACGGGAAAUUUGUGUUCGUAGAUCAAAGGGCUACAGCAAUCCUUGCAUAUUUACCCCAAGAGCUGCUUGGCACAUCGUUUUAUGAAUAUUUCUAUCAAGAUGAUAUCGGGCACCUUGCAGAAUGUCACAGACAAGUUUUACAGACACGGGAGAAGAUCACAACAAACUGUUACAAGUUCAAAAUAAAAGAUGGGUCUUUCAUCACACUGAGGAGUCGCUGGUUUAGCUUCAUGAACCCCUGGACCAAAGAAGUCGAGUACAUCGUGUCGACCAACACUGUAGUUUCAGGCAGCACACUCGAUGGAGUCGACCCGGCCUAUCCACAGAUUGCUACGUCACCGCACAGCGUGGACUGUGUGCUGCGAGGAGAAGGUGCCGUAAAAAGAAACCUUCCUACUGUGCCAGGCAUUCCAGGAGGGACCAGGGCAGGGGCCGGAAAAAUUGGGCGCAUGAUUGCAGAGGAAGUCAUGGAAAUACAAAGGAUUAGAGGGUCAUCGCCCUCCAGCUGUGGCUCCAGUCCACUGAACAUCACCAGCACACCCCCUCCUGACACCUGCUCUCCAGGAGGCAAGAAGAUUCCUAAUGGAGGUAGCCCUGACAUUCCAUCAAGUGGGCUCGCUGCAGGACAAAGCCAAGAUUCCAUAGGUUAUCCGUAUUCAGAUAGCAACUCACUGCUUAGUGACAACUCGCACAUAGGAAUGGACAUGAUGGACAAUGACCAAGGCUCUAGCAGCCCGAGCAACGAUGAAGCUGCCAUGGCUGUAAUAAUGAGUCUGCUGGAGGCUGAUGCAGGGCUGGGAGGGCCUGUUGACUUCAGUGACUUGCCGUGGCCCUUGUGAACACUUCGAUGUCAUGCGGUUUCCAGUUGUAACAGCUGAUGUUUAGUGUAAAUGACCAGCUCAUCAAAGUCGACGUAUCGGAGAAGCCAUACUGUAACUCUGCACAGCCCGUCUUGUGCUGGUUUGGACACACGCGAAACGGAGACGGUAGAGAAGGCUGGGACUGAAGCUUCGGACUAUGUACUUGCAGCCAGUUGUAAUAGCUUCCAUUAUCCAUUUCUAGAUGUUCUGGUUCUAAAGGUUCUCUUAAUGCUCCAGUACACACAGUCACAUCCUGAGCUUUUGGACUGCCUUUGUGUUGUAUUGGUGUUUGCAGAUUUUACACUACAAAGAUUUCCAUGUUGUCUAUUUCUUACAUUAAUUGUAUUAUAAAGCCAUUGUUUAUUAUAUCAUGCAAGAAUUAUUUGCUAUAAAUAUCUGGUAAAAGUGUAUUGUAUUAGCAGUGAAAUAUUUUUCAAUAAAAGUCAAUUUGUUUCUUUAA